AAACCUGUAUAUAAAAGAAUUGAUAUUCCCUUCCCAUACCAAACCUAGUAUCAAAACACAUUAUACACACAACCCUUCUAAGCUCAUAUCUCCCACAGCGACUUUCCUUUUGGUUCACACAAGAAGAGAGCCAAAUAUGGAUCAAAAUGAGAAACAAAAGCUUCAAACUAGUAUCCAAUCCAACAAGUACCGCCAGUUCCUCAUGAAGACUAUGCAGUUUCUCUUAUCUGUCUCUGUUUUAUCGUUCCUUCUCUCUUACUCCUCGGCCAUCUCUCACUUCUUCCACUACUUCAGUUUUCGCUUCUCCACAUUGCUUUUCAGCCAGACAAUAGAGAGAAAGUAUAUUUUCCUUAUUUGCAAUGGAAUCGUUGCUGUUCUCGUGAAAAACUUGAGCUUCACCAGCUCUUCUCCUCCUGGUUCUGAUCUUCGCGACGUGUUUGCAAAGACUGAUCAAGAAGAUGGUAUGAAGCCAGUGUUAGAAAUGGAAGCUCCGGUUGAAGAUGAGGAAACAAAUGUCGCCUGCAUAGAAGAAGAACAAGAAAACGGAUCAUUGAAUAUAAAGCAAGAAGGAGAUAGUCGAGCUCUGAUCACAGUCACUGAUGAUGAAGAAGAAGAAGAAGAAGAAGAAGAAGAAGAAGAAGAUAGUGGGUCCUUGAUUCCUCCACUAUCAGCAGAAGAUGAAGGAAAUGAAGUGAAUGUGAGUACAGAAGAGUUGAACAGGAAAUUCGACGAGUUCAUAAGGAAGAUGAAGGAAGAAAUCAGAAUUGAAGCUCAGCAACAACUAAUCGCUGCAUAAUUCGCAUCUUGAUACAUUAACAAUGAGUUUGGUAUCAGUAUCUUUUUAGAUGGUUUAGAACUCUAAUGUAAUAGUGUUUUUCAGCUUUGUUAAUCCUUUCUUCAUGUAAAUGGGACUUGUUCUCUUCCCUCCCUUCCAGUUUUUAGAAUGAAAUUAUGAGCAAAAA